UCAGAGUGGUGGUGCGAUAGUAUUGCGCGUAGUGUUAUUGUUUUGUGGAAAAAAAUUGUGAAACUUAACUAAAUUCUAUAUUAUUUUAUGAACAUUUUUAUAUAGUUUGAUUCUCUGUUUGUUUAUAUUUAUUUUUUUGUGUGGAAUAUGUCAUUCUUCGACGAGGUACUGUUAUUCAAUAAAAGCCUGUGCUUAUCCAGGGCUGGCUGUGAUAAGUCACCACUGUGAAAUAAUAAGUAGCAGUUUUUUGAAUAUUCGAAAAAGCGGGGAGAAGGCGCCACGUGUGGGCCUGCGUACAACCGGGGGCGGGCGCUCUGCGCCGCCCCACAACUUCAUACAUACCCGGAUGAUAUAUUGACGAAGGCUCAAAGUAAGCAUGAUGUAGGGUUGGAUCCACACAUCAUAGCUCCUGAUCCAUAUGAUACGACAGAUCAGUAUUUCGAUGUUUUUGGCCCGGCUAACGAGGACCUGCUGACACCGACUGAGCAACUUAACACGAUGAGCACGGGUGACGAUGAUGUAUCGUCUGGCAUAAAUGGAAGAUUGAGGCCGAGGAAAUCUUACAUUUCUAGUCUCCAAAAAAUAAAGUCUUCUCGGAGAUUAGAUCCUAAAACUUCUCAAGAAAAAUCCAAACGUGUCACUACCCCAUCCAAAGCUUUGCUAAAUAAACCAGAUGAUCUCUCCAAAAAGUCUGACUGUACCUCUGUUAUAGAUUUUCUUUGUCCUUACUGUGAUAAAAGUUUUGUUACAAAACAAGCAGCCUCCAAACACGCUAGGCGCAUUCAUUUUUCAACUUCUAAACAAGAUACGUUUAUUAAUUGUCUGUACUGUAAUCAUACAGAAGCUGAACCUAAUGAAAUUGUUCGGCAUAUGAUUGACAGUCACCCAAAUCAAUACUUCGCAUGUCUCGAUUGCCACACUCGAUUUCCAUCCACCACAGAAUUAGCAGAACAUAAGAUAAAUGUUUGCGAAAGACAGAAAUUACCUUACAGGAGUAAAUUGCGAAAAAAAUCUACUAGACCUAAUAAAAAAUCUCAUAAUAUCGAGAGACAAGUGGUUAUCCGAGAGGAAGAUAGGCAUGGAUACAAUGGAAUAGUAAUUUCUUGUGAACUAAAACCUACUCAUGUGCAUGAUGCAGCUGAUAUUGAAGAUAAUAUAACAACGAAUUUAAUUUUGCCAUCUAGUAAAAAUUUAACUAACAAAGUAAUCGACAAAAGCGCAGUAAUUGUAUUGGAUGAUCUGCAGUGGAACAAGCGUAUCUCACAUAACUUUUCAUUUCACAAUACCGAUGCCGACCAAAUACUAUCAAGACUAGGUGUGGUUCAUAGAUCUCCAAGAACCGGUGAAUCUACGCGAAAGGAUUGGAUUAAAGCAAUAGAUGAUGCGUCGCAGAAGUUUGAAAGAUGUUUCGAUACCAGCUUCUACUCUAAAGUAGCAAGCAAUGUUCAAGAAAACUUAUCAAAAUUUCUAGAUGGGUCUUUCAAUUUCAACCCAGACCCUAACCACACUAUAAAAACUAGAAAAGCUAAAAAUAGUGUCCCUAUUAAUACCGUAGAGGGAUUUCCCAUUCUUUUAUCAUGUGAACAAUACUCGAGAAACUUAUUUGAUGGAUACAUGCCACGAGCUAUCGCCCCAAAGCACAAAUGGAAAUGGGAUAAUUUAGAAAAUGAGAAAAAUCCAUUUAGCGUAGAUAUUAUUAAACGAGAUUCACAUAUUAAUAAUUGUAUUGUGACCUUGGUUUCGAGUCUAGACAUAUGGACACAACUAUGUAUGCGACGAAAAUUUGAAGAAAAGUUUAAAAUUACACCAGUCGAAAAGAAAACUGAGAAACGAAAUAUAAUUGGCAAAGAAUUAAAAGAAAUACUUGAGAGUAGACAAUUGCCCAUAUCUACGUCGCAUUCUUCUCGAAAUUUUUCUUCUGAAGCUCCUGCUCCUGUUCGUGAUGGAUUAGAUUUUCCAGCGUCAUUGGGGUUAGCACCUACCGUGCCAAAAUAUAAAAUCCAACCAGCGGUAUUAAGCGGAGAGUGGGUGCGACCCCGAUGCUACGUCUGUUGUGCUUGUGGAGCACAGACACUAGAUCCGAGAGCACUUUCAACGCAUAUUUCCACGCAACACCCCAUUGCUCAAGUACAACAUUAUGAAAUAGCUGGUGAAUUAAUAAAUGCAGAUAUUCUCAAACAUUUAUAUGUUCCUCCAAGUCCAGUUCAUAACAGGACUAGGCCAUUGCGCGGAUUUCGAGAGUGUACAAAAUGUAAUAAAUCUAUUACACUGGAAGACUUACACCAGCACAUGCUGGAUUGUGCUGGGGAUAUGCCUGCGGUACGAAGAAAGUGUCGAUAUCGACAGUUUGGUGUUCGUAAACGCCGAUCGCGAAUCGCAGAUAAUAGAAUACGUAAAAAAAUAAGAAAAGAAAUUCAAAGACAGAAUGGAAGACCUAGACCAAAGAUUAGAACCGAAGUCGGAGAUGCUGAAACCAUAAGGAAAAUGUUAGCCGAUUUGCCUGCUAAGCGACAGCGUGUGAUGAUUAAUCCUCUAAAUUCGUCACUACGCCCCAGAAGAAAAAUUGUUAAACAAAGAAAUCAAUUGACGCUAAAAAGACGUUCUACCGAAGAAACUAAGAGUAGAAUAACCAAUCCUAGCACGGCUUCAUGUGGCAGCGAUAGACCUGAAAAUAAUGAUCCCAAUAAAAUUAACAAAGUACAAGAAGAAAAUCGAUCUCUUAAAAGUGGUAUUAAACGAGUCCAGAAUCAAGGGUCGCGUCGUAGUGAAAUUAUGAAUAAAAAGAAGCUGACAAAAACUCGACGAAAAACGGUUCGAGUCACACCAACUACUGAAAAUAUAGAAGAAGAGAAAGAAAGUCCACAAAUUGAGUCAUCAAGUAUUGAAUUAAGUUCAAAUAAAGUUCAAAUUGAACAAUUGUCUAUCCAGAAUACGCCAAAUAAAGUUGAUGUAAAUAACGGUCCUUAUAAUACGAGGGAACAGGCAAAUAGAUCGAACAAUAACGGAUCAAAUAACCGGGACAAUCAGAAUAAUGAUUGUAAUGAUCAUAAUGGCAAUUCUCGUGAUCAAGGCGCACCUCCUCAAAAUGUUCCGUUAAAACAUUCCAUUGCACGUUUGACUGCUGAUUAUGAGACCCAAGAUAAAGCUGUGCAGUUCCAUCAUUUAUUUUUAGUCCAGCAAGAAUGUAAUAAUGUGACACAACACGUACCUUCUGGUCAACCGGUUCUGUUUGAAAAUAAAGCCGUUGCUACUAAACUUGAUAAACCGCCUUUAAACAUCAACCACAGAGAUGAACCUCUGGAUAAUCAAUUUACACAAAAAGGAAAAUCCAGUAAAGCCCGAAAGGGACUAAAUGAUUGUAUUGCAAUGUUGAAAAACAAGUUAGUCGAACCUAAUGACCGACUUGUUUCCACGGCACCUAACGUAUCAAUCCAAUGCAAAAUUGAUGAACCAAUGAAACCACCUCCGGUGCCAAAAACUACGGUUAACUCCAACCGAAUUGACAUCACAGUUCAAUGCCCUGAUACAGAUAGUUCAAGCACAGAUACGAUUAUUACACCACGUCGCAGACAAUCGAUUAAUGAGAAAUCUAUUGAAGAUCAAAUAGCUAAUUUACCAACAAUAGGUGAAUACAUAAAACAAAAUCCGGAAUUAUUAAUAAAACAUAAGGUUUAUGAAAGUUUAAGCUGUGAGGUUAAUUAUCAAAGUGUUGAAUCUAAAAACCAAAUGUGUUCGACAAAAGUAUCAACUAGUCCCAAUACACGGCAAUCGAAACAUCCAAAUGAUGUUCAUACUGCACCCAUGAAAACACCAAAGCCGACGAAACAACCUCAAGUGCUUGAAAGUAUUGAAAGUCAACCUGAGAAAACCAAACCAACACAGAAAGAUGUAUUGGAGAUUUUAAAGUAUAAUAAUAAUGAGUCUGCACGGGCGCAGGCAGCACCAAUGCCUCAAACCAAACGCACCGAUUCAUCAUUUAAAGCAAACAUCCCUUUAGUCUCAUCCAAUAUUAAUACUGACAACAUUAUAGAAAAAAAGUUAAACUAUGGUAAACAAAAUAUCGGCAAUAUUCCAACCGGGCUACCUAUAGUAACUAACCAAGAAGUUACUCAAAAAACGGAUGUAAAUAAUUUAGUAACUGAAACGACAACAUCAAAAAAAGACAGUGCUGGAGUGAUUCCUCGAGCACAUUGCAAUAGUGGCGUAGAAUCCAUUUUAAGUGCUCCUUUAGAUUUGUCUGGAAGACAAUAUGACAAUGAUGUAACAGCUCAUUGCUCUAAAGAAAAUACAACUUAUGAAACGAGAGUCUGUGAAAAUUACGAAACAUUGGACUUAUCAAAUAAGCAAGGUUUCCAUAAAGAUAUUCCAGUAGCUGCACCAAUUACGCUAAACGAUGAAGUAGUUGAUCUGCGUGUUAAACACAUAACCACUACUCAAACGGCAGAUUCAUCUCUUUACUCUGAAGGUAAUAGUAGUAAUGUUAUUGCUGCUACUGAUUUAUCGGUAAGAAACACCGAAAUCGAUUGUACUCCAACAGAUUUAUCGAUUAAAGGAAAAACAAAGAUUACUUCAAUUUAUGACAUAAGAAAAGAGGACAUCAUCCCUGUUGAUACACCUUAUAACCCUGAUAGGGAUGCAAAUAAUGUUUGUUUGAAUUUAUCAGCGAAGGAUGCCGAAAUACCUACUGAUUUGUCUACUAAAAGUCUUUGCGUAAAUGUAAUAAAAACUAAUAUUCGCGAUGCUGUUGAAAAUACAAUUUAUAAAGACUCUAGUUCCUCUAUUGUAAACGAUAAAAACAAGUUCAUAAAUCCUGCAGAUCUAUCCUGUCGAGGAAAACAAGAUAGACAAAUGGGUAUACUCGAUUGCAACAUAACACAUCCAUCCCCAGAAUUCAAUACAAGAAAAUCAACUCUGCCAUCUUCUCAUAACCAAACUAAUAUAGAGAGAUCAGUAUACGAUGUUCACGGACAACAAUUAUAUCCUGGAAGUUCUCAUUUUAAUGUUAAUCGUACUGAUACCACUCCAAAACGCCCUUUCAUGUCUCCCGCUGAUGUUACUAUCUCAAUAAUGAAGAAACACAAUGCUUUUUCUCAAAGUGUAAAUAAACAUAUUAAUAUGGAUAAACCUCACGAUGACGUUAUGAAUGUUAAUAAAGGAACAUACUUAUUGGGAAAUGCGCAUCCCAUUAUAACCAGUCAUUCUCGUGAGUCCACAAAUGUUGGAUUUACAAGUAAUCCAGGUAUUCCGUUAACUCGCCGCAAAAGUGAGAAUUCUACAAUAUCUCCGAUACUACCUCGUGUUGCUAAGACUGUUGCAAAUUCAGAUAUGAGUUUGGUGUCAUCAUCUAAGAUAAUGCAUGAGUCAAUUGCUAAUACCAAUUUAUAUUCUACCGAUACCCCAAAUGUUACACUACCGGAAACUGCUUCUUCGCUCCCGUCUACAUCAAAUACAGACAAACAAAAAGCAAUAGACAAAAAUAUUAUUGGAUAUAAAACUAAAUCUAUUCCCAUCAUAGAACCUGUGAUAAAUGUUGAAAUAAAAGAUAAAGUAAUAACAUCCAGCUUAGAACAGGAUCCAGAAACAGCUAAAAAAAUUGCUAUGCUGCCAAAAGAACUUGUUGAUAUUUUGGGAAACAUGCCUGUGGAUCAUAGAAAUCAAUUAUUGAAUGUCUUACCACAAUAUGUAUCGACAUCGACUUCACCUUCAUCAAAUAUCAAGUCACAAAAUGAUGAGGUCAAAGGAGAUUCAUUGAGUUACUCAAAUCUUCCUCAAUACCCCUAUUCAGUAACACAUAACCAACAACACCAACAUCCAUCAGUUGAUACAUUUCAGUUACAACAUUCAACUGUUAAUUAUAUGAAAUCCCAUAAUAUAAAAAAUACAAAUGACACUCUUAUGGAUAAUGCACAAAUACUUUCUAGGACUGAAAAGAACGACAAUAGAUAUACACGAAAUGACCUUAUAGUAAAGAAAAGGUUGAGUGAUAGUUUUCUAAUAGAAGACAGAAUAAUUGAUCUUACAGAUGAUAAAACUGAACCAUCUCAAACUUUAUCUCCGGAUAAAGAAAAUAAAACGUCAUGUGCGCCAUUGAAGCCUAUUCCACCGAAAACUAAUAACGAAAAAACUGCAAGCCUCCGAGCAGUUCGUAUUAAAGCCCCUUCUGAAAGACACAAGUCUAUAAUUGCUGAAACACAAUUCAAGAAAACUUACCAGGAGAAUAACAACACUAUUAAACUGAAUAAUCCUGAUAAGAACAGCCAAGAUACUCUGGGUCUUUUGGCUGUUCAGCAAUUCGAAAUAAGCACCACCGAGGAAGCAAAAGGCAUAAAUACACAAUCACCUACUGCAUUACCUAGUGUCAAAGUAGAUUUCAACAUAAAUAAUAAAAGAGAAUCGACGAAUUCUAAUUUUGAACCUAUUGUAACCGACAUAAUUGUAGAAGAUGAUAAUGGUUCGAAAUUAUGUUGCACAUCCUCAACUAUGGUUGAAAACGUUAAAUUACUAAAUGAAAUAUCUUCGAUUCCUGUGCCCCCCGAAAUUUCUCCUUCCAAAUCAGAAAUUAUUACGAAAGAUGACAGCAUACAUCUACGACCCCCAUUAAAUAAUGUUGACAAAAAAAUGAAUUCAUUGCAUGAGUCACAAAAUAAUUUUAAACUUAAUGUAGAUGAAGGAGACAAUUUGGAAAAGGAUACAUAUGAAGAUGAUUCUGAAGACGAUGUUUCUUUGGCAAUUAUAGUAAAGCAAAAACUAAGAGAUCAAGAGUUACAAAACAGUGAAAAAAACGAGGUUGAGAAAAUAGUUAAUGAGAAAUCGGAAAACGAUUCGGUUACAAAGAAUUCAGUGACUCAAACUGAACGUUUAAUAUCUAAUGAUCUAAUUAAUAAAGACACAGAUACUAUCAUUACUGAAAAUGCAGUUGCUUAUGAAGAAUCAAAAGAUAAACAUUCCAAAGAAAAAGAUAGAAAAGUAAAAAGAUCGCGGCGAAAUAUUAAUGCUAAUAUGACACAGGUCGUUAAUGAGAAUAUCGUUAAAAAUAACUACGAUGCCGAUGUUAACAAAGAAAAUACAGUGUUGUGUGAUGACACACAAGUAUCAAAAUCGGAUGAAUGUGAACAAAAAUGUCUAGAAAACCCCACUGAACAUUUAAAUCACGUUGAUGAAAAUCUUCCACAUGAAAACGAUGGUAUGAUUAUCCAAGACAAUGAAGAAAAAGUUGAGUUGAAAGAUAAACCAAAUUUAGCACAAGGCAUAGACCAAAAAUUUAAUCAUGAGAAAAAUAAUCAAAAAAUGGAUAAUGGAAAUUCGAAUGUUAUUGAAAAUGAAAUGAAAACAACAAAUAAACAAUCUUAUUCCACCCAUUCUAAAUUAAAUACCGGAGAAAUUGCCUCUAAAAUAGUUGCUGUCGAAAAUAUUGAAAGUCAAACGAAAGUUAAAAAGUUUUCUCAAAAUAAUUCAGAAAUGUAUUCACCCGUAAAGACGCUUAAAGAUUUCCCUGCAGAAAUAACAGGUUCAGUAACAUUUUCUGAAGUGACAGAAAAAGAAAAGCAAGCAUGCAGUGAUUCUAAUCCACAAGAAACCAAUAACUCAUUAAGUGUUAAAAUCUUAAAUUUACAAAAAGAUAAAUCAAUAACUCCACUACGUAGAAGUAGGCGGGGCAAGUCUCUUUUCGUUGAUAAUGUUGACAUAUCUGUGGAUAUUAAAGAACAUAACGAUAAUGUAGCCGAUCAAAGAGGGCCUCUAACGAAAAAGCAGCUUAUAUUUUCUAAACUUCUUUUGGACGGAGAUAAAUCAAUUGAAAAUGAAACUAGUAAGAUUGAAAAUGAUACUGUCCACCAGGAAAAUCAAAAUGACAAAGCAACUUAUGUUUCAAGUUCAGUUUCGGCUAGAUCCGUUAUAAAAAAUAGCGAAGAUAAGAACAAUUUCACAAAUAAAACUUGCAAACGAAAGCAGUCUCCGAUGACAAAGAAAAAAUUAAAGAGAAAGAAAUCAUCAGAUAAAGUUGAAUGCAUUGGAGUAGAUGGAAAAUUAUCGCAAAAAGUACAGGAAAUGACAGACAAUGAUAAAUACAUACGUAUGAAAGAAUCGAUUACACCUGAACUAAAUGAUGAUACUGAAAAAAUACUGGCAGAGAGGGACAUUUUGCCUAAUUCUGUUAUUGACGAGCAAAGUUUUGAAAAGUCUGAAGAUAUUAAUGACGCUAUUGAUAAGACUUCAAAACCUUCAACUGUUAAACGAAAAUCCAAUAACUCAAACAGCAGUGAUAUUAUUAUAAGUUCUAUACCAAAGAAAUUGAAAUCGACCAUUGAUGAUGAGAAAGAGCCAUCCCUUAAUGAUGACUUCAAAAGGAACAUAGAAAGUAAAGAAGCAUUAGGUCAAGUAGAGACUAUAAAACGUGACAAUAAACCAGCUGCACGAAGAGGUCGCUCAAAAUCAGUCUUUGUAAAAUCAUCAGUGUCUGAAUUAUAUGACCCUUAUGAUAUAAACUUAGAAGAUAUGGUGCCCAAGACGGUACCAUUCCCAAAAAAAGGAUCUUUAAAGCAUCCUAUCGGUAAGAAAAUAAAUAAAAGCGGUCUCACUGAGCAAAUUGAGAAAAAAGAUGGAACGCAAUCAACUAAUAUUAUAGAUAAUUCAAACACAAAUAAAAAACCUGAAACUAACAUCCAGGUUGAAUCAGUGGUUGAGACUAGAGGGGUAAUGAGUGAUUCAGAUGAUUCCUCAAAGAGCGAUAUUCCUUUAAAAAAAUAUGUCCAAGAUAAAGAACGCAAGAAAUUAGAAGUAAAAGUUCAAGAUAAAAACAUUGAAGAAUCUAACAAGACGACAGCUCUACGUAAAAAAAAUAAACAUUCUCUGUCUGUUUAUUCGAACAAACUUGGUGGUGAACUUUGUCGAGACGAAAAUGAAGAAAGAAUUAGGUCUGAACAAUUUAUGGAAAGUUUUGGCUUUUUUUCAGAAAGGAAACCUCGCAAGUCUAAUUUGCUAGCGACUAAAAAAAUAUCUGAAACCUUUCACAUUAUUGCAAAUGAAAAAGAUGACACAUUCUUCCAUUCAAAGGAUAGAUCUUCCAACAAGAAGGGCAUGCAGUUCGAGAGCAGAAAAUCAGCAGACGAUGAAGGUAAUUUGAGGGAAUCUAUUAGUUCAUCUAAUAAAAAAGUUUCAAAACGUGGUAGGAAAAAGAAAAUUUCUGCUAAAAUAGAACCUUCUUUUUGUGAUGUAUGUAGGAAAGAGUUUCAUAGGCCUGAUAACUUUUUAAGACAUCAAAUGACUCUUGCUCAUGUGACUAGGGUCUCUGAAGCUGACUCAAAAGUCAAGAGUGACCCUUUCAGAAUGGAUGGAGCUACUUAUUUAGUUACUUUUAAACGCCAGUUAGAUCGUUUCAGACGUUUACAGGAUAAAAUUAAAAGAAGGAAAAAAUACUGUAAACCUCUUGAAAAAAUUGCAUUACCAACUUUAGGGGACAUUAUUGCAGAUCUUACAACCACACUCAAGGAGCAACAACUUGCGCGGCGAGGACUAAGUAGAGACGAAGCACUGUUCCUAGAUUGUUGUGAGCUAUUGAACGCAACUCAUAAAGAUGACGGUACAGGUAGGCCCAAGCCUUCUCAGCGAUGUACAAAUAAUUGUUUUACAUGUUCAGGCGCUUCUAUUGAAUGUUUAAAUGUAUUAGAAAAACGUAUAAAUGAAACUCUUGAGGGCAAAUGUGAUGAUGGUGAUGUAGAUUCUAUUACAGCUCAACAUAUACUAGAAAGUGAAGAGGUGCGAAAUUUGGAGAAUGACCUAAUAACCGGUUUAAAAGAGGCCGCAUGUGCAAAUACUUUUAAUGCAAACAAGAUUAGUAGCGCCUACGGAUCAGAAACUACAAUUGUCAGAGAACUUAAUAAAGACAUUUGCAAAAUUUCUGAAAAUCAAGCUGAAGCCACCAAAGCGAAAUGUAAAAAAGUUUUUGAAGUUAAAGAUAAAAUGUACCCAGAUAUCAUUGAGAAUAUUGAUAUGUUUGAAGAUAAAUUUGACAAAAUUAAAAGAAAGUGUAGAUCCCAGGCCGCUAAACAAACUCAAUAUGUAGAGACAAGUACAAGCCAUAAAAGCCGGAAGAAAGUCGACAAAAAGAAGAGGAAAAAGAGUCCCAAGAAAAGUCUUCACAGUUCAGUACCAACGAAGGGUGCACUGAAAGGAUUUGAUGGUGUUAAGGUUUCAAUUUCGACAUCAGAAAUUGAUAUGUCAUCAAUCCUCCCCCCAUCAGCAAUUGCUCUAAGGAAAAAGAAGAGAGGCACUUCAAAAAGGAAGCGAGAACGAUCUUAUUCUGAUAUUAGUAGAUGUGACAGUGAUGACAAGAUCAAAGAAGAUCCACAAAGUAAACUGGAUGUCUAUGAGUUUAUGGAUAAUGAAGAUGCUGAACUGUUUGAAUUUAGACCGUCCACACUAAUGGAACGUUUUAAAAGUAUCGGUAAUAAAGAUAUGCCUAGCACUUCCAAAUCCCAAGCUCCUUACAAGGAUCAAGAAUUAUCUAGUGAAAGUGGGUCUGAUGGUGACGAUUUUGUGUACAUGUCAGAUGAUUAUGUCUGUAGUGAUGCUGAAACUGAAAACAGCUUAUUGUCAUGCGAAUUUGGAAAUGUGAAGGGUGUACCAGAAGCUAAAAAGCCUUUUACUCCGCCUAAGAGAAAGGAAACUGCUGAAAAGAAUGCUGUUAUGGGAAAAAUAUUUAAGCACAAUGCUGUUCGUACUGAGAAAAAAGUUAUAAAAAGUAAAGAUCAAGUGAAACCAAAAGCAAACUUAGAUCAACUGUUUGAUAGCCUGUUGGAAGAAGAACCAAAUUCGUCAAUACUUGAAAAAAAUUCACCCUCUCCCGGGCAUGAAAACUAUGACGAGUACAAUCUAGACUCUCCAUUGGCGGAUCAAAAAGUAAAAGCACGAUCAAAGGUGGACUCUAAAUCAACUUCAAUGAGAUGUUACGACGACCAAUCUGUAGACGAUUCCGAUAUCGAUUCACAUAGAAAAGUAAUUAGAACACCUUCACCGAUACCCUACACCAGCCUCAUUGCAUCUUCGAAAAAACGAUCUUCUUUAACACCAACGAGGAAAAUAAGAUCAUCAAUAGAUGAAAAUAGGCCGUCAACAUCAAAGGUUCAUGAGGGAAAAAAGAACGUGGAUAAAGAAAAACAUCAUAAGAAAUCAUCACAUAGAAAGAAGAAUGAUUCACACAACGAAACUGACACGCCGAAACGCCGAAAUACGUAUUCUCCAAAUUACGAUGAUGAUUCACUUUUGAGAGUUGACGUAUCUUUGCCUCAGACUGAUGAUAGUUUCGGUUAUAAUAAACGGAAAUCAAAAGAAAAGGAAUUUAAGAUUAAACCUACCAUAAAGGCUUCCGAUAAGAGCAUGAACAGUAAUAAGUUCGAAUAUAACGAUGGCAUGUUUGAUAAUGCUGAAGACUCUGGAGUGGCUAGACAGCGGGCGCGUCGGAAAUGCACCGUGGGAAAACAAAACGUUCUGGCUGAAACGUGGAGUUCGGAGUCUGAACCAGAUGGAAUUCCUCCGCGACCCAACAGCGCCGAUUCAGUAGUUGCGGGCGUGGGUCGAAAAAAGAAGGGCAGGAAAAAAGAGAGUCACGCACUCAGCGGUCGAAAAGCGAACAACCGGCAAGCUCUAGGGAAAAAGCACGAAGUCGAGGACAGUAUGCGCAGUAAUCGGAGCUCGGGCGAUAACUACGCAAGAGUGGUCCCUACGACGCGGCCGAGCGCAGUGGGCGUGUCCAGCAAGAAGGUGCGUCCUCGCCCGCCGCCCUACUACUGGUCCGACGACGAGGACGAGCCGGAGCACGUCCAACAACACGGCUGGAUUGUUGGCGAUAGCCAUAAGAAAUUAGUUACGAUGCUAGCGCACGCUAAAGGUAAACGAAACAAUGACGAUAAACGUCAUUUGGUUGAGUAAAAAUUAAAUUAAGUUUUAGAUGUUAUAAUUAUUGUAAAUAUACUGUACAUAAUAUUCUCUAGCUCUUUACAUAUGUCAUUUUUCAUGACAUUUGACCAGAAACUUUUAAAAGCUAAAUUUUUAUUCGUUUGAGUUUUGUACAUAUUGUAUAUCGUUUAUAGCGUACUUUAGUUAAAUUUUAGAUGAUCCUGCGCAUUGUGGGGACUUGAUUUAUUUUUAAUUUCAAUAAGAUGUGUAAUAGUUAAAUUUGGUUAAAUCAAUGGUCGUGAAGCCUUUUUUAUAUUUUCAUUUAAUAUUUCUGUAUAUUUUUUAACGAGGACGUGGAGCAGCACAGCUUUCGACAUGAGCUUAUAUAAUAUGUCAAAAGCAUAUUUUAAGAAUAUUUAGAACAAUUUUGGCCUCAUAAGUUAUUGAUAAAAAUAAUACAUUUUUCAUUUUAAUACAAUUAACACUAAAACAAAGGCCCUUUUCAUUUGGUCCGUGGUUAAAAAGCACCACUAUUAGGACAGUUGAUACGUUUUAUGUAAAUAAAUUUAUUCAUGUGUUCCUUGCAUAAUAUUAGAUGAGAAAAAUUUUAAUUAAUUAUAUAUAAAUUUAUAUAAAAUAUAUUUAAUUUACAAACAUAUAUUAUAUUUAGAAGUUGCAAAAUUAUAUUUUGCAUGAUUAUGCUUGUUUAGUUUAAAUAAAAUAGAAAUUGAAUUUGUUUCAUUUGUUUGAAAGGGGCUGAUAUGAUGGCGUCUGGAUGUCGUGUAUAAUUUGAGUUGGUUAAUUUGUUAACUAUUUUUAAACAUAAGAUAUUUUUGAAUAGUCACUUUACAAAUUAAAUCUCAAGCUUUAGUUAUUGUUUUAUCUAGUCCAGAGUAAAAAAGUUAUAACCCCACUAUCAGCCUCCUUCUAGGGUAUGUGAUUUAUUUUAACAAAAUAAGACUACUAUUUUAAAUCAAUUUUAAUUUUAACUCGACAUGGAUCAAUUUCAUUCAAUUUUAAUUUUAACUCGACUGGAUUUCGACAUAAUAUUAUAAUUUUUUUUUUCAAUUAAUUGACAAAGCUCAAUAAUUUAUUUUAUUUGCUUGAUACCACGUGCAAUUUUUAUAUGUAAGGCAGUUUCUAUAUAGGGAAGCUGCUAUUUGCUGUUUUUAGCUGAUAACGUAAAUGUACUGGUCGUAAUGUAGCAUAAUAUUCCAAUUUGUGUUAGAACAAUCGUUAUUUCGGUUAUAGAUUCCAGGAGACGAUGCAUAUAUUUAGUCUCACGGAAUAAUGAUACAAUAAGCACUUUAGAAAAAUUAAUUACCUCUCAUAUCAAUGUCAUAACUUGUAUGUCUUUCAGUGUUGCAGUGGUUUCAUAAUUCCUACGAUACGUACACGAUAUAAUUAUGUAUGGUAAAUGUAUUGAAUGUUGUGUUUAUCAUGUCACUGUAUACUUAGCUGACGUCUCUCAAAUUUCCAUAUUAGCUCCAGGCUCCUAGUUCCCCAUCAAAUGUCUUAUUAUAUCGAUCGAUGUACUUUUGCUGUCUUGAAGAUACAUUUGCGUGUCAUGAUUAUAAAUCAGUGUUAUUUCUAAGAUGAAUAUGAAUACAUACUUUUUAAAUAUAUGUGGUAUCUAGAGAA